CCUGCAGUCAGUCAGUCAGUCGGUGCUCGGAGCCACGCGCACAUUAAUUUACUAUCAGCAGAAAAUAUAUGCAAGACAACAACCUUUCAACCGCUGCUCUCCGACGCCGAGUCCUCGGUUCAGUUUAAACGCGUCGCUUUUCGCCGUGUUUCACUCAACCUAAGAGCUUUACCUGGUGCUUUUGGGUGAGAAAAGCGCGUUUGUUUUGCUUGUGAAGGCAGCUUCAGUUUCUCAGCAAUGGCGACAGCUGCGGUUUCUGCCCCUGCUGGCGGCGGCCCGAACCCCGGAUCCGGUGUCGAGAUGGUCCGCGGGCAGGCUUUCGAUGUCGGGCCGCGCUACAGCAACCUCUCCUACAUCGGAGAAGGCGCUUACGGCAUGGUUUGCUCAGCGUAUGACCGUGACAAUAAAGUGCGUGUGGCGAUCAAGAAGAUCAGCCCGUUUGAGCACCAGACGUACUGUCAGCGCACACUGCGUGAGAUUAAAAUCCUGCUCCGCUUCAAGCAUGAAAACAUCAUCGGUAUCAACGACAUCAUCCGCACGCCCACCAUCGACCAGAUGAAAGACGUUUACAUCGUACAGGACUUGAUGGAGACAGACUUGUACAAGCUGUUGAAGACGCAGCACUUGAGCAAUGACCACAUUUGCUACUUCCUCUAUCAGAUCCUGCGCGGCCUGAAGUACAUCCACUCUGCAAACGUUCUCCACCGAGACCUGAAGCCAUCAAACCUGUUGCUCAACACUACCUGUGACCUCAAGAUCUGUGAUUUUGGGCUCGCUCGGGUGGCUGAUCCAGAUCAUGACCACACCGGCUUCCUGACGGAGUAUGUAGCCACACGUUGGUACCGCGCACCAGAAAUUAUGCUCAAUUCAAAGGGUUACACGAAGUCCAUUGAUAUAUGGUCUGUUGGUUGUAUUCUGGCUGAGAUGCUUUCAAAUAGACCCAUCUUUCCUGGAAAACACUAUCUGGACCAACUUAACCACAUCUUAGGUAUUUUGGGCUCCCCUUCUCAAGAGGACCUGAACUGCAUCAUCAACAUUAAAGCAAGAAAUUACCUGCUGUCCCUUCCUCUCCGCUGCAAAGUGCCCUGGAACCGCCUGUUUCCUAACGCAGACCCUAAAGCGCUGGACCUGUUGGAUAAGAUGUUGACCUUUAACCCUCAUAAGAGGAUUGAGGUGGAGGAAGCGCUCGCUCACCCGUACCUGGAGCAGUAUUAUGAUCCUACAGAUGAGCCUGUUGCCGAGGCUCCUUUCAAGUUCGAUAUGGAGCUGGAUGAUUUGCCCAAAGAGACUCUGAAAGAGCUGAUCUUUGAAGAGACCGCACGCUUCCAGCCAGGCUACAGACCAUAGCCGUGCACACAGGUGUUGGUCUGGAUUGAUUCAUGCUGAUGCUUCUGUCUCCACUGUGCGCUGUGCUCCUCUUUCGGUCUUUAUCGUCUUCAUCUUCAUCAUCUUGAACCGCAAAACUACGGCCAGCCCUCAACCUUCACCUGACCCCCGCCGAAAACAUCGACUCCUGCGUCCUCCUUUACACUGGAAGAAAAGUGUAGAGCUUCUCUCACACUCUUCCUCUGCAUCUCGUCAAGGUUUUUGAUUACGAUUAAUUCUUUCUCUCUCGGUCCUCUGAUACACUUCAGUAAAAAAGACAAAAAAAAAGCGUCUAUGAUUGUUAUUGUUGUGCUUCUUUCUAGCCGCCUGUUAAUAUUUCCGACAAGCUGCUUUUCUAAGGUGUCUGUAAGCCAUUUCAAAGUCCCGCAGAGGUCAAACAGGGCAAGAACGAGGGAAACGCCUCUAUUCUUUUCUAUUUAUAUAUAUGCAGUGGAUGUUCGUUUAUCCACAUUGUGCAUCGCCAAUCUCCUCAAAAUGCACAGAGCGCUAAAUUUGCCACGGUGCCAUUUUAAGGCUUUAAUGUAUUUUCAUAAAACUCAAAGAAGUAUUUACUAAUGAUGACCCCUUAAAAAUCAAUUUAGCAAAUUACGUUUUGUACAUUUAAACCCCCCCUCUAUGUGCCUUUAGGCCUUUAUAUAUCAUUUAUAAUCACUUCUAGAAAUGUUUGAAAGCAAGUAAAUAUUUGUACUUCUCUAAAUCAUGAACGUAAUCAUUUUAGGAAAAAAAAAAAACGAUUAAUCUGUUAAAUUUGCUUAAGCACCAAAGAAAAUAUCGUUUUGAAGAUGUUAAGUUGACCCAAAAAUUAAAAUCUGCUGUCAGUUUAUUCAAGAUUAUAAGUGUAAUUUUAUUUCUUCAGUAGAACAUACAAAGAUUAUACAUAAAAUGCACUUUGAGAGUUAAAAUAAUGAAUACUUGUGGCUCCUGAUGAUACAUUGAGCUUUUAUGAAGCAAAAAAACUGACAAUUAUUUACAAAAUCAUUACCAUCAUUGUAAAUAAUGUUCAGUUUCUUGCACAGACUGAUUGUUUUGCUUCAUGAGCACUGAUUGUUUUAUCAGGAGUCACAGAUGUUCAUUUAUUUUGCCUGUAUAUAUUUUUGAAUACCUGUAGAUUUACAUUUUGAGUUAUCAAAGAUCACUGUUUUAGCUAAAAAUCUUUUGUUCUACUGAAGAAAAACAAAUCUACAUUUUAAAUGGCCUGAAAAUGAGUAAAUGAACAGCAAAAUUUCAAUUUUGGUUGAACGUACUCCUUUAUGACAACUUUGGAAAAUAAGUAUUUGUGUCCAAUUGUUGAUCUAAGCCCUCAAAUUACCUGCCAAAACAACGCAAGUGCCAUGCAGGUAUAUGUAUUUCCAAAAAUCCAGGUGUUUUUUCUUAAACUAGAGAUGCACGUAGAUACAUUUUAGGACUUCAUCACUUUAGCUAGGUUUAGAGGAACUUCUGUCAUGGGACAAAGAACAGUCUUACUUUUUUUUUUUCCAGUCAUUAUUGGUACUUUUUGAUGUCUGUUUUAAUCGUACAGUGCCUGUUAAUCUGUAUUUAUUCUUUCUGUUUUGUAUAUUUCUUUCUCCUUUUGCUUUCCCUUCUCAAAGCCCUCCCCUCAGCCGCCUUGUAUCAAUAAGACUGUGCCCUUGCAUGACUGUUAAAAAGCUUUCUAUACAAAGAAAAUGGAAGUGCCACACUGCUGGGGAUUCUGCUAUUGGACUCUCAGGUUUUUGUUAUAUCCUACCUUUUGUGGUCUCACAUUUCCUAUAUAUAGAGUAUUAUGAGUUCAAAAAGUAGAAGAAAAAAGAAACUAUUUUGCUUGUACAUUUCGGUCGCACUUCUUUCAUAUUCCAGGUUCCUUUCGGUGUUUGAAGAAAAGAAGAAUAAUAAUAAAGAUUAGCUUUUUUUGAUGAAUUAAAUCAGCCAGCUUAGCCAGAAUGUCAGGUUUAAUUCCACAUGGAAAUUAGGAGCCUCUAGCCAUGGUAAUGCACCUUUUAUUAAUUCAUUCAUAAGAUACUGUCUGCAGUGAAUGAUCAAUUUAAUAAGAAUAAGAAGAAAAAAAAACUCCUCUUUCAAUUGUAGAAAAGUGAAGCCAAAAUGUGAAGCCAUCUUGCUCUGAUGGCUUCAUUUGGAGCCGGAGUUUGUGCAGUAGCUUGAGCUGUAGUACUGAAGUCCUACCCUUCCUGCAGACCCAAAAACAAGCACACAUUUGUGAGGCCACACCCUGCUUUUAAUAGCUUUAAAUAAAAACAACAACAAAAACAAUUGAACAUGGUUGUAAUCAUUUUAUUAGUGCUUAGUUUGGCUCACUCCAUGUUAUUUUGCAUGGCGAGGGCAGUAUUCAUGAACAAUACUGCAGCCAGAGGACAGAGGACAAUGUUUUGGCUUCACUUUUUCUCUUUCAGCUGUAGAAAAGUGAAGCCAAAAUGUGAAGCCAUCUUGCUCAGAUGGCUUCAUUUGGAGCCGGAGUUUGUGCAGUAGCUGGAGCUGUAGUAUUAAAGUCCCAGCCACGUUCCUGCAGACCUAAUCACAAGCACACAUUUGCGAAGGAUUUUAAACACAUUUUAAAUAGCUUCAAAUGCAAACAACAACAAAAACACUUGAACAUGGUUGUAAACAUUUUAUUAGUUCUUAGUUUGGCUUGCAUCAUGCUAUUCUGCAUUGGGAGGGUGGGGUUCAUGACCAAUACUGCAGCCACAGAGAACAUUUAAAGUUUUGGCUUCACUUUUUCUUUCAACUGUAGAAAAGUGAAGCCAAAUCUUGUUCCGAUGGCUUCAUUUGAAGCCCGAGUUUGUUCAGAGCCGUAGUUUUAAAUUCCCACCCAUGUUCCUGCAGACUCAAUCACAAGCACACUGAAGCCACAGAAGACAUUUAAAAUGUUUUGGCUUCACUUUUUUGAGACCCACACAAACUAAAAACCUACCUAGAUCUGUGUGCGCUAAAACGCAUUACUUUUGUACAAAUAGUGAGCAAGAAAGCACUUAAACGUUUGUGAAAACGAGCUUGGUCUAAAAUUUAGUUCUUGAUACUGUCCUGCAUGGCUUCAGCAAAGUGUUUCUUUCUCACACUUGCUUCCUUUUUGGUUUACUAACCCCGCACUACUUUUGCCUACGGUGUCUGGCAAGAUGCCACCUAGUGGUGCAAACAGGUGGUUCAUCAAUGAGCUAUACUCUUAAAUAUAUAUAUAUAUAUAUAUAUAUAUAUAUAUAUAUAUAUAUAUAUAUAUAUAUAUAUAUAUAUAUAUAUAUAUAUAUAUAUAUAUAUAUAUAUAAAAUAAAAAAUAGCAAAACUUUGUAAGAUAGCUUCUGCUGAAUCCGUGUGCAGCCUGUCUGUUUCUGUGUGCCUUUAUGCGUCACGAAUAACAUUUAUCGCACAGCUUUCUGUUGGGGAUCAGUUGUGACUUUUUUUUUUUUGCGGUAUACUCUUGAAAUUAUAUAUAAAUUUAUAUAUAUUAAUAUUUAAAAAACAGUGAAAACCAAAAAAAAACUAUCUCUGUUAUUUUGAGUCCUAUUUGUCAGAGCUUUUGUGAUUUUUGUUCGAGGAAGUAAAUAAAAAUAAAAACGCCUUUAAUUUCAGCCCUUUGGGUUUGAUCCUGUUGUGUUUUUCCUUCAGUUCUUCAAGGUUUGUUUUGUGCAUAACUGUUUUCAUUGUAAAAAUGAAUGUUUAGUGAUUUAUUAUUAAUCCUGUAAAAAAUGUCUGUAUUAAUCUCCUUUUUUGGUUGUUGUGAAUUUCACUUACAAGCUUGAAAACCCCCAGAUUUUUGGCUCCUCGGUUGCGGUUUAGUCAUUGGGGAAACUUGUGAUUUACAAACAUUUAAAGAAUAUUUCUAAUCUAUUAAAAACGUGGCAUUAUGUCUCAAAGGCUGGUUUUUACUGCUCAAAAGGACUGCCAAAUGUUCAUUACUGAUCUCUGCAUCUGCCAAGUCAUGUAACCUAGAAACAGCAGAAUAAAAACCAAUUGUAUUAUA